AUGAAUACGAGAAUCCUCGAUUCGCUCUUCCUCUUUCAGCUUGAAUCUCCUCCCUUCGCCUUUGCUCAGUCGCCUUCCCUGGUCGCGUCUGCCUCCCUUGCAGCAGCAGUAGGUGCAUUGUCUCUCUCCUUGCUAGGCCUUGCCGCGCCAGAAACGGCUGCAGCAGCAGCGACAGCUGACGUCAUCGCCGCUUCCGCUGCGGUGCCAGCUGGCGUCAGCGGCAUUUUGGAUCUCGCUGACUUCCAGGCUGGAUUUGCUUCGGCCUUCCUCCUGGUCCUCUUCUCUGAAAUCGGCGACAAGACGUUCUUCAUCGCGGCAGUGCUGGCCACGAGGCGACCCAAUCUGGAGGUCUUCGCAGGCACCUUUGGCGCCCUCGCAGUCAUGACGGUCCUGUCGGUGGCUCUGGGUCGAAUCUUCCACUAUGCAGACGAGCUCCUUCCUGCCUUCGGCUCGUUUAACUUCCCUCUGGAUGAUGUCGCCUCUGUGGUUCUGCUGGUCUUCUUCGGCCUCUCCACACUGAGGGACGCAGCAGGCAUGGACUCCAAGGCGGAGGAGGAGCAGCAGGAGGCAGAGAAGGCAGUAGCAGGGCUGAACGCAGCAGAGGGCACAGAGGGCGGCAUCUCCCUGGCAGUGCUGGCGUCGGUGUUUGCUCUCGUGUUCACAGCCGAGUGGGGCGACAAAUCCUUCUUCUCCACCAUUGCCCUGGCGGCAGCAUCAUCCCCAGCGGGAGUGGUCACAGGAGCCGUGGCGGCUCAUGGGGUGGCGACAGUGAUGGCAGUGCUGGGCGGGUCAUUCCUUUCCAAAUACAUCUCUGAGAAGGUGAGUGUGCUCGUCAUGGCAGCGGGUGGGUGA